AUGGCUCUGGUACCGCUGUCUCUCUGGGUGCUAACGACUCUCACCUGGGCCAGCCCGCUCCAGGGGUCCCUCAGCAGGCAUUCCAUUUACUGGAACAGCUCCAACAUCCAUCUGCGUCGCGAGGGCUACACAAUGCAGGUGAACGUCAACGACUACCUGGACAUCUAUUGUCCUCACUACAACGACAGCCAGCGCAUGGUGGGCACCAGCGAGCAGUAUGUCCUCUACAUGGUCAGCUACCGUGGCUACAGGAGUUGCGACCCCCAGAUGGGCUUCAAAAGGUGGGAGUGCAACCGACCGCAUGCCCCCCACGCUCCCAUCAAGUUCUCUGAGAAGUUCCAGCGGUAUAGCGCCUUCUCUCUGGGCUACGAGUUCCACGUCGGACAGGAGUAUUACUACAUAUCCACACCGAUUCAUCACCACGGCCGCAGCUGCCUGAGACUACGUGUGUACGUCUGCUGCUCCACAGCCUCUGAUGUAGAUGACGAGCCAGAACCAACAGAGGCAGACUACACGCUUAGACCGGGCCUAAAGAUGGAUGACAUCGAUGAAUUUAAUCCUUCCGUCCCCAAGCUAGAGAAGAGUGUAAGCGGAAGUAGCCCAUCCCGGGACCGCCUCCUGCUCACCAUCACCAUGCUGCUGUUGGCCACGCUCUUUGUGUCCUAG